UUGGACAGUUCAGUGUAGUUCUCCCAGUUUAGGCUGCAGCAUAGCUCAACUGCUAAUAGUGUCAUUUUAUUUGUCGUUUAUUUGUUUUUGAGUGUGUACGACUCUCUAAAAAAAGAUUGCUUAAAUCGUGGCUCAGAAACCAUACAAACCCACUAAUUAGGUAUCCGCCUGUUUAUAACAAUUCUUCUGAUUUUACUUCUCAGAGCGGGAAAUCCUGAGUUUCCAGCACCCAUUGAAUGUAGCAUUAUCCCCUUUUUCUUUUGUGUUUGAAACUCUCUUCUGAGACCAGAAGUGCCCCAGAGAAACGCUGUUAUCCACGCAGCGUGAACAGCUAUCUUAUGUCUGUGGGAGUGGGAGCCGAGCUGUCUCGUGAUGAAUGGUUUUUUAAACAGUUUCCCAUCCACCGCGCGUGCCGGGAUGGAGAUCUUAUAGCUUUGAUGUCAUUGUUGGAGCAGCUGUCAAACCAGGCUCAUCUGACCGCUGAGGACUCCUGCUAUGGAUGGACUCCCAUUCACUGGGCUGCUCACUAUGGACAGCUGGAGUGUGUGGUGCACCUGGUGCAGAUGGGAUGUGAGGUGAACACGGUGACGAGCCGCUUCAACCAGACGCCAACUCACACCGCUGCGUUUGGAGGACACCCUCGCUGUGUGGUGUGGCUCACUCAGGCCGGGGCCGACAUCAACAAACAGGACUGUGUUGGUGAGGCUCCCAUACACAAGGCAGCUCGUUCUGGAAGCUUGGAGUGUGUCCAGGUCCUGUUGAUAGCUGGAGCAGAACCACAUUUAAGGAACGCCAGCGGACAGACGCCUGCCGACUUGGCCCUAGCUCACGGCUUUCACGAUUGCUUCUGCGUCAUCUCCAACGCCCAGACACAGCUGUGCCAGCUCAGUGUGCUCCGAGACAGCGCCCCCUGGGGUCAGGGCCAGCACUGCAGGAAGAGACAGCUGACUGCCAAGGAGAACCUUUACAUAAAGAAGGCCAGGAGAGCUGAGAUCUUGGUGCAGAGCAGCGGUGGUGAGGAAGAGGAGACCAUGAACAUGGAGCUCAGUUCAGAUCCAAACACCAAAGCUUUCCUCAGUGUACAUCAUCCCACCCCUCCCUCUGAGCUGGAGAACAAACUACCAGAGGAACGCUGUCUCACUCCUCCUUCACAUCCGCCCAGUCCAGCUGAAAUGUGCGGUUCGCUGCAUCUGGGCGGCAGCCCUGGCAGUUCUGGCUCCAAUCAGCCGGAAUGCUGGAGGCUGACUGGAGCUGACUGUGGGGAUUCCCUGCUUUACGGACACUACCAUGGCUUUGGAGACACAGCCGAGGACCUGAGCGACAACAUCGGCUUGCAGCCUGAGGGCAGCUGCAGGCCGCCUGUGGCCGGCACCGUCCACCUCUACCAUGGCUCAUAAAUGGAGCUGCUGAGGCUCCGUUUGGGAAGUUCUCCUCUAACAGUGAGCUCAGAACCAGUGCUACAAAGAUCCAGGAACUAAUCAGUGUCUAUAAGCAGCCGUGCAGCUGGAUAAAGUUCACGAGGUGAUCCACAUCUGCUCCCUAAACCAAAUCAGGAACUAAAACUUCUUCACUGCCCUGAAGUCUUAAUUAAACCUCCAUCUCUUUCUUUUUUCAUCCAAGCACCCAGACUGUGGUUCAAGUAAAUCACUUUCCAGACCUUUUGGCAAAUAAGAUCCGAGCAAAGUCUGGCAACUGUAGAGGUAGAAUCUAGAGAAGAGAGGAGUGGUUUAAGACUUUUACACAGUGAAAUUGGAUAUAAUUUAAAAACUCUAUUUUAUCCAAUCAGAAAUGGAGUUUCACAUCACAGAUGGAGGCUCUUGGCUUUUUGUGUUGCAAAAACAUUAGAGAAAGUUUUCCAACUUUCUGACCCAUGUUCUGUUCAAUCCAGCUUAAAAACAAACAUCUGCAUCAGUGAAGCUAUAGUCUGCAGAGGGAUUACAAACACUCCAUAGAACUUCAACAUAUAAAGGUACCAGUGAGCAGAAAGGUACAAGAACAAUCCACAGCCUUUUAUACGCACCAUGGUACAGUGAAGACUGUCAGAAACACUAUGUAGGACAGGUGAGGUUUUCUUCAUAUGUCUGGACUAUUAGAUGUAAAACAGAAGCCAUCCGGACCUGGCUAAAAUCUUCUGAAACCCUGCAGGAGACUGUCAUGGUCCGAUGAAACCAAACUUGACCCGUUUAGUGAUCAUAUGAAAUAAGAUCUUCCAGGUAACCAGCAAAAAGGCUAUGUGCCAUUUUGUUUCCCAUCGCAGUUCCAGAACUUUGAAGACAGGGUGUUUUCCAGGCAGUUUGCUAACUGUCCUGAAUACAGCAGUUAGGUGGUGUUAGUAAGAAGGAAACAUGUCUUCAUUCCCUUCAUUUUGUUUUUGCUAUAAUCCCCACCUGAUAUACACUGUUCAAAAAAAUAAAGGGAACACUCAAAUAACAUCUUA